UUCAUCCACCCUGUGUGCAUGUAAACAAGGCGGACGGCCUAAAACAAGGGGACGAGACUCGACGCCACACCAUCACUGUGUCCUCCCGGGUGAGUGAUGACGCCAUGUACGUCCUUACAGGUAACCAAGCGUCCUGGACACCAGCCAGCAGCCACCGACAGAAGAUGGCGGCCUUCACGGAAAGUGAUUGCUUCCGUUUGAAGUUAUUGCGCCUCCUGGAGACGGCCGGCCAGAAGGUGUUGACGUACACCUUCCUGUGCGGGACACCAGGCAAGGACCCGAGCGAAACCCUCGUCGAGUACCUCGCCAGGCUUCCGGACACCUCGACGGCCAAAUACAAGAACAUAAAAGAAAAAGGAAAGUACUUCGAUAAGACUCAGAAGCCAAUGAUCAAUAGUGAUCCUUCAUGUAGCAACUUUGAUAUUUCCUUGCUCUCUAAAGCGAUCACAGUGGCAUGCGAAGGAUGGGAUGAUACUUCUCAGCUCGCUAGGCUGGUCAAGAAGAUAAAGGACACGAGGAAUGACGUGGUGCAUGAAACACAUAAAAUAAUAACUAAACGUGAUUUCCUAACCGAGCUCACAAAGUUGCAGAAAGAAUUUGAUGAGACACUAGACGCCACGAUGGCGAAGUACAACACUGACGGGGUGGAGUGUGACAAGAAGAGGAAAGAAGUUGAAAAGCAUGUCCGCGACAUCAGGGACGAGAGCCUUAGCGAGGAUGAAGUAUUGAGAAGGUCCUUGCGCGAUCUGCUGCCACACUUCCGGAAGGAGGCUGAUGAGGAACUCAAACAAAGGCUUGACCGUGCCACGCUCCUUGACCCGCUUCGGUUUCUCAACCGCUAUGAACAGCUCCGAGUAGACGUAACAACUAUUUUCUCAGAAAUUAUCAUUGAAGAAGAAAAGAAGAAUAUCCAUUACUCGAAGCUACUCACUCUCGCCCAGAAUAGUAGUGCACCCGCAUCGCCACACCUUAUACUGAUAGAAGGAGAUGCUGGCAGUGGAAAAACCACUCUUCUUACAUACACUCUUUCCAAUUACUUGAAGGAGGAGAGUGAUCGCCAAAUGGAGGGGCUCGGCCACUACCAUCUUUUGUUAUGGGUGGUGUGCCGAGAGAAGAGUAGCCUCACUCUUAAGGAUCUGAUAGACAGCCUCCUGCCCGGCGCCUGUGCCCGGUAUAGUAACUUACUGAUGCCUUUACUGAAGUACAGCAGGGUCCUCUUCCUGAUAGAUGGGCUUGACGAGAUGAACGACGAUUCACUCGUCAGAGAUAUCCUGAGCCAAGCUAAGGACUGCCCUAACUUCACUUUACUUUCAACAUCCCGCCCAGAAGCCAUAGAAGGAAUGAAGGCAAUGACGCCCAAAGAAUUUAAGGUUUCCCACCUGAAGCUGGAGGGCGUCUCCGUUGAUAUGAGGACCGAGCUAGCAUUAAAGCACUAUCGCUUGCUGUGUGGCAACAAGCCUGUAAACGAGGCCCGCUUCAGGCAGGUCAUGCAAGAGUUAGCGUGGAGUGAGAUCUUCAGGCUGCCUCUAAAUAUUCUCUUCUUCGUGACUUUAUUCACCAUCGAGCCUCGAAAACUGACAACCAAGAUAACCCAGACCGAGCUGUAUCAGAAGAUCCUGGACUGGUGUGUGGCGAAGUUGCGGCACAGACUCGCUGGUUGUCCCGGAGUACCCAAAGGUCCCCUCCUCGGGAGAGCAAUUGAACGUUUUUUGCUUGAAUUGUACAAAAUUGCAUUGCAGGGACUCCUUCAUAGCAAAUUAUAUCUCAGUGAUGGUGAUCUAGAACACCUGGCUGAGUUCUGUGACGGAAAGGGCCUGCCGCUGGAGGACACCUUAUCAGCCUUCUACUCCCUGCGGCGGGUUGGGACGGCAGAGCAGUAUCACGCUCCUCACAAGAGCCUUCAAGACUUUUUCGCGGCCUGCCACAUUCAUGGAUGCUUCAGUAACAACUACAACUCAGGAGACAUCCGAAAAGAGCUACACAAAAUGGCAGGACAAAACCUACAGCUUGGCCCGCUCAGGAACAUGUUGUGUCACCUACUGGGGCUGCUCAGCCGUCGCAGUCCCAGUGUCAAGGCGGUGGAGGAAACCGUGGACCUGUUACAAGCGUCUGGGAUGAAGAACACUAAUGACUGGCUGUCUGUGCUGGCGGAAACGGAGCCCGAUCUCGACACCAUGCUAAGGGUGGCACACCAUAUAGACCGGGAUGAAGAAUAUGAUGAUAAUGAUAGCAUAUCUGUACGUGACGGCACAGUGCACAUCGCCACUCUCCUUCUGCCUCACAUCCGUCGAAGGAAAGUAAAGAUAGACCUGACGAGGGACCACAGUGGGAUGGAAGACUUGCUUGCAGCCCUUCAUGACCAUAAAUUAACCAAUCUAUUCUUCAAUCACCACUACAAAAACCCUCGUCCAGACGCUGCCUCGGCUCCCCUGCUGCAACAAGCCCCAUGGUAAGACACGUCCACUCACCUCCACCAUUGCACUGCGGACAACAGGGACUCACUGUGCUAUUGCCUAUCCCAAAACUGUCUAUCCAUCUAUCUGUCAAUCCCCUUUAUUACCUACCUAGCAAUCAAUCCAUCUAAUAUAUAAACAGAAGAAGCCUGCACUUACC